AUGUCCGAAACAACGUCAAUUACGAAGAUUUACGAUGAAGAAAUUGCAAAAGCAUAUUUGUCGGAAGAAGUAGCAGCAGCACUUCCAACGGUUAUUGAAUAUCGUUCAAAUAUGAGCAAAGCUCAACGGAAGAAGACACCGGUGAUUCCAACGUCAUGUAUUUUUGAAAUACCGACGUUCUACCAACAAACAUUGGCUCAAAAGCGAUUUCUAUUAAUGGAUUUUUUUCUUAAACGUGGAGCUGAACGUGUUAUUGUGUAUUCAACAGAUCAACAAAUGCACUUGUUAUUUAGUAAUAAGACAAUUUUCAUUGAUGGUACUUUUAGUACAGCACCCAAUGGCUUUAAUCAGGUCUUUUUAAUACACGUUCAAGAAUUUGGUCAGGGUGUGCCGGUUGCAUUUUGUUUAUUGCCGAAUCGACGAGCAGCAACAUAUAUCGAAUUAUUUCGUCGGUUUAAACAUGAAGCAACACUUAUGAAUAAACAAUUUCAACCGCAGCAUGUAGUAUCAGAUUUUGAAUCAGCAUUGAUAUCAGCAAUUCGACAAGAAUUUCCAGGUACAAAGCAUUCAGGAUGCCUGUUUCAUUUUAUACAAUGUGCGCAUCGCAAAAUCAUUGAAUUGGGAUUAGGUGCUGAUUAUGCACAAGUUUCAGCAAUUCGUCAACAAUGCAAACAAUUAAUGGCUUUAAGUUUAAUGCCAAUUUAUCAAGUUGAACAACAAUUCAAACGAAUUCGAGAUACAUCAUCAUCAUCAUUAGAUGACUUAUUUGUGUAUUUUGACCAUCAAUGGAUAAAUGGUACUAUUCCAUUAUCUAUGUGGAACUCAUACGGGCUUGAUCAUCGAACUAAUAAUAUUUCGGAGGCUUAUAAUCGUCGAUUUGCAACACGAAUUUCGAAAAAGCACCCGAAUAUAUGGUCGUUCAUCCAGUUGAUUCAAAAUGAAAAUGUUCCCCUGGAGCAUUUAAUCAUUCAACUUGCUGCUGGUGCUUCAUGUUCAAAACCAACAGCACGUACAACAGCUUUUCAGCGACGAUUUCAAACACUUAAAUCAAGAUUCGACAACGGUGAAAUCGAAGGGAAGCAAUUAUGA